UGUGCGCUGCCCGCUGUCCCCGCGGGGCGGGGCCGGGGUGGUUUAUGAGUUACAGGUGAGGACCGAGGCCGGCGCUGAGCUGGUUCAGUCAGGGCGGCAGAGACCACCAGAUCUCACUCUCAGAGCUGCUCAGAAUCACAAGAUGUUAGGGAAACUAACCUAGAAUAGUGGUUCCUGACUUCUGGAAUGUUCAGCAGUUAAAGAAUCUGAAGUAAACAAGAAAGCAUUAUGUCUUCAGAAUGGUCUGAAUAUACAAUUGGUGGAGUGAAGAUUAAUUUUCCUUGUAAAGCUUAUCCAUCACAGCUUGCUAUGAUGAAUUCUAUUGUCAGAGGAUUAAACAGUAAACAGCAUUGUUUACUGGAGAGUCCCACAGGAAGUGGGAAAAGCUUAGCCUUACUUUGUUCUGCUUUAGCAUGGCAACAGUCUCUUAGUGGGAAACCAGUGGAUGAAGGCUUAAAUAAAAAAGCUGAAGUACCAUUAUCAUGUUGUUGUACAUGCCAUUCAAAGAACUUUACAAACAAUGUGAAUCAAGAAUCUUCACAUCAUUUCAGCAGUCCAAGUACACCACCUUCUGAAAGAAAUAGAAGCUCUUCACGAGCUUGUAAUGACUCUCCUGAGAAAACUACUUUGGCUGCAAAGCUGUCUGCCAAAAAACAGACAUCCACAUACAGAGGUGAAAAUGAUGAUUUUCAAGUGGAGAAGAAAAGAAUCAGACCCUUAGAAACUACACAACAGAUUAGAAAACGUCAUUGUUUUGAGAAGGAGGCACAGCAUUUAGAUGCAACAGUUGCACCGGGAAAGACUACACAACUCAACUCCCCUUUAGGAAAGAUAAACUCCUAUUCUCCACAAAAGCCCCCUGGCCCCUGCUCUAGAUGCUGUUGCUCCACUAAACAAGAAAACAGCCAAGAGUCUUCAAAUACCUUGAAAAAAGAAAAGAGUGGGAUAUCCAAGAUACCCAAAAUAUAUUUUGGGACACGUACACACAAGCAGAUUGCUCAGAUUACUAGAGAGCUCUGGAAGACUGCAUACUCAGGGGUACCAAUGACUAUUCUUUCCAGCAGGGAUCAUACUUGUGUCCACCCUGAAGUAGUAGGUAACUUCAAUAGAAAAGAAAAGUGCAUGGAAUUGCUGGAUGGAAAAAAUGGCAAAUUCUGCUAUUUUUAUCAUGGCGUUCAUAAAAUGAGUGAUCAAAACACAUUACAGACUCUCCACGGGAUGAAGAAGGCUUGGGAUAUAGAAGAACUCAUCAGUUUGGGGAAAAAACUAAAAGCAUGUCCGUAUUAUACAGCACGAGAACUAAUAAAAGAUGCUGACAUAAUAUUUUGUCCCUACAACUAUCUUCUCGAUGCACAAAUAAGGGAAACUAUGGAUAUCAAUCUGAAAGAAGAGGUGGUCAUCUUAGAUGAGGCUCAUAACAUUGAAGAUUGUGCUCGGGAAUCAGCAAGUUACAGUAUAACAGAAGUUCAGCUUUGGUUUGCUCGAGAUGAACUAGAUAUUAUGGUCAGCAAUAAUAUAAGGAAGAAAGACCAUGAACCCCUACGGGCUGUGUGCUAUAGCCUCAUUAAUUGGUUGGAAGCAAAUUCUAAACAUCUUGUAGAAAGAGCUUAUGAAUCAUCCUGUAAAAUAUGGAGUGGAAGUGAAAUGCUCAUAAAUUUACAUGGAAUGGGCAUCACUACUGCUACUUUUCCCAUUUUGCAGGGACAUUUAUCUGCUGUUCUUCAAAAAGAAGAAAAAGUCUUACCGAUUCAUGGUAGAGGGGAGUCAAGAGAAGUACCUAUUAUUAGUGCUUCCACUCAAAUAAUGCUUAAAGGACUUUUUAUGGUGCUUGACUAUCUUUUUAGGCAAAAUAGCAGAUUUGCAGAUGAUUAUAGAAUUGCUAUUCAACAGACUUACUCUUGGAUAAAUCAGCCUGAUAUCUCAGAUAAAAAUGGAUUGAUGGUGCUACCAAAAUCUAAAAAACGUUUACGACAAAAAACUGCAGUUCAUGUGCUAAACUUUUGGUGCUUAAAUCCAGCUGUGGCUUUUUCAGAUAUUAAUGGCAAAGUUCGAACAAUUGUUUUAACAUCUGGCACAUUAUCACCAAUGAAAUCCUUUUCCUCAGAACUUGGAGUUACAUUUACUAUCCAGCUGGAGGCUAAUCAUGUUGUUGAUAACUCACAGGUUUGGGUUGGCACCAUUGGGUCAGGCCCCAAGGGACGGAAUCUCUGUGCUACCUUUCAACACACAGAAACAUUUGAGUUUCAGGAUGAAGUGGGAGCACUUUUAUUAUCUGUGUGCCAGACUGUGAGCCAAGGAAUUCUGUGUUUCUUGCCAUCUUACAAGUUAUUAGAAAAGUUAAAAGAACGUUGGCUGUAUACUGGUUUAUGGCAGAACCUGGAGUUGUUGAAAACAGUCAUUGUGGAACCACAAGGAGGAGAAAAAACUGAUUUUGAUGAAUUACUGCAGGAAUACUAUGAUGCAAUCAAGUUCAAAGGAGAGAAAGAUGGAGCUCUCCUGGUAGCAGUUUGUCGUGGUAAAGUGAGUGAGGGUCUGGAUUUCUCAGAUGACAAUGCCCGUGCUGUGAUAACAAUAGGAAUUCCUUUUCCAAAUGUGAAAGAUCUACAGGUUGAACUAAAGCGACAAUAUAAUGACCAUCAUUCAAAAUUGAGGGGUCUUUUACCAGGCCGUCAAUGGUAUGAAAUUCAAGCAUACAGGGCCUUGAACCAGGCCCUAGGCAGGUGUAUUCGGCACAAAAAUGAUUGGGGAGCUCUAAUUCUAGUGGAUGAUCGCUUUAGGAGUAACCCAAAUCGAUAUAUAUCUGGACUUUCGAAAUGGGUACGGCAGCAGGUUCAUCAUCAUUCAACCUUUGAAAGUGCUUUGGAGUCCUUGGCUGAAUUUUCCAAAAAGCACCAAAAAGACAUUGAUAUAUCCAAAGAAGAAAGGAAGUCCAGAAAGGACAGUGAGUCUACACUUGAAGUGGCGUUUUCCAAAGACAUUAUUACCUCUACUUACUUCUCAGAGACAGCAAAUCAUCUAUCACCAGAAAAUCCUAGGGAAAAUGAAGCAAAAAUGUGCACCCAAGAAUUACAGUGCCCUAAAAUGAAUCCAUCUCUACCAAGUGGCAUCGUCUCCAGAAAAGAAAAAGAUGAUCCAGUAUUAGUGAAAGAGUCUGCCCAGGCAGUGAAACCAGAAAAAAUUGUGAUUUCCAGAUCUAUAAGCCCAACCUUCAACAAACAAGCAGAAGGAGUCAACUUGUGUAGCUUUAAUUCUUUGGGACAGUGUCUUACUGGUAAAACUCUGACUGCAGCACCUCAGUGCAGGUCAUUAGAAGAUGAUGCCUCUAGUUCUUCCACUUUCAAGACAGAAAAGGGAUAUAAAACUGUUUUGCCACUCACCAAUAAAUGUGAGUCCUCAUCUCCUACAGUAAACACAUCAUUUGAACUGUGCCCUCAAUCAGAAACUGUUAUUCCAUCAAUAAAGCCUGAUACUACUCUUCUGAAAAAGAAUCAUUCAGAACAGCUGCUCUGUUGUGAAGAAACCCUAACCCCAGACGUUGAAUCGUCUCCAGUAAGUGAAGAAUCUCAAGUUUCUACUUCAAAUAGAGCUUUUGAAAGUGAAGCAGAAGAUGAGUCUAUCUAUUUCACACCUGAACUUUAUGAUCCCAUAGAAACAAAUGAGGAAAUAAAUCAACUAGUUGCAACUGAUCAGGACAAUAGAUUAGCUAAUAAUUCAAACUGCAUUUUAGUGGAAGAUCUUUUUGAAAACAGAGCUAUGAAAGGAUUGGAUUCAGACAAAGAAAUGAAUACUGAGGAUUGCACAGACACAAAUUUCAUGCAUGUUAAAGAAAGUAAAAUUGAUGACAUUAGUAGUAAUGUGAAAACAACUCAUAUAAAUGUUGAACUGGGAAAAGCUCAUGAAACAGACACAAAGAACUUAAAACUCUCUCCUUCCUAAAAUACAAAGGUGUGUUCCUUGAUGUUAGGUAACAGUACUUGUCAAGCUAUAAAAUAUAUCAUCACACUUGUGAUAAUAUAUUAUCUGUUGUAAAUUAUCUAUACACUGGAUAAGUGAUAAAGUUUCUUUAAUUUUAGAUAUAAUUUUCACUUUCAUUCAAUAUCAUUAUAGUUUUAAUGUCUUAUGUUCAAAAAUAUGUUUUACUGUUCUUAAGUUUUGAUAAAGUGAUUUGUACAAAAUAUUUUCCUCUAACAAGUCUUUCUUAGUUAAAUGUAGUUUUAAAUUUGUCUAUUUUAUGGCCCUUUUAGUCCUUUUUUUUCAAACUGAUACCUAAAAAUUAAUAGCAGUCUAAUCCAAUCAUACCACAACCAUGUUUCACUAUAGAUUUUGCCUCAGCUCAUUCUGGAAUUUUUUUUUUAGAAAUCAAAGUUUUCCUGAAAAAUUUAAUUUUGUAAAACUGCCUACUUAUGAGUAAGAGUUAAGGAAGAAAACUAUGUAAAAUUUUAAUUGAAAUUACUUUUUUUGUGUUUAGCAAACCAAGAUCAAGUAUUUUCAAUACAAGUUUAAAAUUUUAAAUGUUAAAAUUUCAGUUCUAAUUAGCUUCGUCUUCAUUGUGGAAAGAAGCAGCAUGUUCUAGCAUAAAGGCCUUAAUUAUGAAAUUGUUAGAUAGAAAGGUCCACAAAUAAAUUUAAUAAGCAAUCUCUAAUAUAUACCUGGCUAAAAUAUGUCCCCUUAUGAACAGUUCAGGAAAUUUUUCUGAAAAUUUUGUCUGAUUAUGUUUCUGUGGCUGAAGCCAUAUAGUUAUAAGAGAUGCUCUUCUCAGAUCAUUCCAAAAAUACAUACAAAUGAUAUCCUAAGAAACAUUUGUUAUUCAGUGAAUAUUUAGGCAUCUUGUGAGGGAUUUCAAUUGAAGUGUUGUGACCUGUUAAAGUUGUGGAAGUGGUUUCAAGUCAAAAUUCCUAAGCAGUCAAGUAUUUUUUUGUAUUCAGUUCAAGAAAGGAAUAAUUACAUAUGUGUGUUACUUUUACUUUGAUGGCAUUUAGAUUGAAUACAGCAUGAUUGUUUCUAUAAUAUUGGAUGUUACAACCCUAAGCAUAGUUCAAAGAAAUUUAAAUUGAUAGUUUACCAGUUAAAGAAUUAAUCUGUAGAUUGGGAUAUAUUAGAUCCUACUUAGCAUUCUAUUUUUUUUUUUUUGGUAUAUUUUUCUUAAUUAACCAGUAAUGAAUAAGUUACAACUAAAUCAGAAUUUCUAAAUUGUUUUGAAAGAGUGAAACCAUUUCCCUCUCUGGUAUAGUUAAUUUACAGUAAGGGUAGAGGGUAGUGGAAAGAGUACCAGGUGAAGACAGAGACUUGGGCUCUAUUGUUGACUCUGCCACUAGUUUGCUGAGUCAUGUUGGCAGGCUUCAUGCCUCUUGGGGAAUUAGUUUCAUCUGUGAAAUGCAGCGUUUAGUACUAUAAAAUUAUGCAGAUCCCUUUCAGCUUAAAAAAAUCCACAAUUAAAAGAAAUAUUUCUUGAUAUUUUACUCUGAAUCAGUAUGUUUUUGUUCCAAAAUGUUUAAAAUAAAACAUACUGUUUUGCAGAAAAGGUGAAAUGACACUAACCUACCUCUGGGGAAUAAUUGUAUGAAUAUGCACAUAGUAACUGGGGAAGCAAGAUAUUUAGUGCAACCAUUAAAACACUUUUGAACCAUUAAAAUAGCCUUUAGAAGAAUUGGCAAACUAAUGGGAAAAAUCAAACCUCUUAUUUUUUAGAUAUGCUUUAGUGUUAUUAUCCAACUCAGUAUCAUAUACCCUCUCCUUUUCCUAGAAAUGACUUUUUUAUUCUUUUCAAAAUCUUAAUUCUUUCCAAGAUUAAAUUAUUCCAUUACUGAAAAUUUAUAUAGAUAUAACACAAACUUUUAGUAAUUCCAAGAGAUAUUUCAAAAUAUUUGAAACAUUGAAACUGUUAAAAUAGGCUCCACAGAUCACAACUUUGACCAUGAUUUUUCAAGAAAUAAAAUACUGAUCUUUACAAUAGAGUAGGAGAGAGAACAUUCAUAUGAGUUAUACACUUUAAAGAAAUUUUUCCUUUAAAUUUCAUAAACUCAUGGUAUUUUUUGUCUAUUUCCAUAGGCAAAUUGACAGUCUGGCUUGUUGUAAGCCAGCAAUUAUGGUUAGUAAAUCAAUCACAUAUGUGUUGUGUACAUAUUCUCUCCCUAAUGAUAAGUGAUAGAGGAUAGAUAAUAGAUAGAUAGACAGAUAGACAAAGAAUUGUUAUAUAGUAGAAAGGGAAUAUUAUUUGGUUAGUUUAUUUUUUAAGACUUUUGAGAUAAUAUAAGAAGUUGUUUAUCAGGUAAUUUGCCUUACCCAUUCAAUGCAUGUGAAAUAAUCAUCUGAUACUGAAUUUAUUCAAGGGCUGAAAGUAUGUAGAGCAUACAGGUCAUGAACCAGGAAAACUACCAGGUGGAGAAGGGACCUUAUUCGUGGAAGAAAGGUACAAUGUAAAGAGUAAAUGUUUCAUUGUUUGAUCUUUGAAUUUUAGAUAAUUAUUUAAAACUUUUUAUGUUGGAAAUUAAUGACAACUCAAACUGUGCUGCUACUAUGCAUUUAAUUAUCACAUGGUUUUUAAUUUGGCACUGUUUCUAAGUUCACAUAAAGCUUUAUCUUUAUUUUUCCUUAUGAUCUUUCUAUUCAAGACAAUCUCUUAAGAGGGCUUUCAUAUAUGUCUGCAAUAUGACUUUGUCAUAUUUUCUUGUAGUAAAACACAUUCAAAACAUUUAAAUCUUUCGGAAUUAUAAAUUUCAUGAAAUCAGUGUGCCUGUUAAAUAAUUGCGUGGAAGAUUGGUUAUUGCAGUCAUUUAACCUCAAAGUGAUAGCGUCUUUUUUGUACUUAAUUAACACACAAUUAUUCUUGUUCAUGCUCUUUUGAGCCUCAGGUUUAUCAAUGAGCUACACAGGAUUUUUGCUUUAAACUUCAUAAACUCAUAUUUUUUAUCUUUCCAUAUGCAAAUUGACAAUCUUUUGUCAAUAGAUUUAAGUCCACACCACACAAUAUCUAAGGAAAGUAAAACUGUAAAGUAUCUGUGUAGAUAUUAAACAUGAAGAACAUUAUUACUUCAGGAAAUGGAAAUUUAUUCAGAUGGCCUAGGCUUAAUGGUUCUCUAGCCUUAAAAGGUCUUUGUGUCCACCAAAAACAACAAAAAAAGACUUUUGUUUUAUAAGUUUUAAUUUGAUAGAACCAUUAGCAGCCCAGCCCCCUGUAUUCUACAAUGGAGCCUUGUUAGAAUAUCCACAGAGCCUUGUUAGAAUAUCCAGAGCCACUGGAUCACCUUAUUGGUGAAACCACCUUAUAAUGAAGUGCUUUCAGUAACUAAAUCUUGGACUAGGUCCAAAAUAACUCAUCUUAUACCAAAUUACCCCUAUAAUAAAUAAGCUUUAAUGUAUUGGGAGGAAAACAAAAGUUGUAUGAAACUUACUGUUCCAAGAAUUUAAACUUUGAAAAUCUAAUGGUAAAUACUGAUUAAACGGAAUGCUACAUUUAUUAACAAGGCAUAAUCAGUAGAUGUUUCUGUACU